UUUAUUUAUUUUUCAAUCCCUGGCAUCAGGGGGGGCUCCGUACAGUUUCUGAUUUUAAACGAAAACAUUCUGUGUUUGGAUGCGUCCUGAAAAACUUUCAUAUUUAUCGCGAGAUCUUGUGCUGCUUAGUGGCGACAGUAGACGAGAGCACGUCAGAGCGCGAGACCCAGACCCCUGGUAUCUAUGGUAACCCACGUUGCGUUUCAGAGCGUCGGAAUCGGCAGCUCCUCUGUAUGCGGCGUGUUGCUUUCAGCGGGACGUUCCUCGCAGCAUGGAGCUUCCUGACGCCGUUAGGAAACGUUUGGAGGAUUUCUCCCGUAACGUCCUUUUUGACCGGAGCCGCACUGAGGAGUUUCCCAAAGGCACCGGGACGUCUUUCCCUCACGACCGGCGGGUUCAGUCCAGCCUGCAGCUCCAGCUGUCCCUGUACUUCAACGUGUGCUUCUUCCCCUGGUGGUGGAUCUGCGAAACUGUCAUGCUUCAGCUGAAGUAUCCUGCCUUACCGGACUAUUACAAGUUCAUCCUGGUGACUGUUCUCCUGCUGAUGACGCUGAUCGAGGUCAUCAGACUUUACCUGGGUUACGCUGGGAACCUUCAGGAGAAGGUUCCGGAGCUGGCGGGCUUCUGGCUGCUGAGCAUCCUGCUGCAGUUUCCUCUGGUCCUCUUCCAGCUCUUCAACGAGGCUCUGCUCAUCCAGCCCCUGGAGCGGGCGGUCCACGUGGUCCUGUGCUGUUUCGUGCUCACACAGGCUCUCACGGGGUUUGUGGCGCUGCGGGACAUGGUCCGACACACAGGAAGCCAGUUUCAUCUGCGACAGUUUGACUGACGACAGAAGCGUCUCAGCACGGCCCGGCUCAUCAGGACCGGGCCUGAAACCCACCCGUCUGUGGUUCUGCUGGUUCUGAAACAUGACUACAUAUUUAUUUUUGUAUUUCUUGUAAGUGAAUAAAGUGCCUUUUCCCCUGUCA